UACUACAUACAUACACACAACUAACAGCUCCAGCCUCCAUCCCAGGCUCCUCAGCUGAUCCGUUCAAGUCCUCGAGAGCGUCCGAAUCCUCAUCCAGGGAUCCGUCACAUAUUCAUCCAUCCCACAUCAUGUUCCACAUCGCCAAGAAAGGCUUGGAAAACGCCGCUCAAAAGGUGUUUUUGAGUCCGGUGGCCAUCUCGUCGAGCCAUCGGGUGCGAUGGUAUUCCAGUUCAGACGAAGCUGAUCUCGUGGUCAUUGGUUCGGGACCGGGCGGUUACGUGGGAGCCAUCAAAGCCGCACAGCUGGGCAUGAAGACUGUUUGUGUGGAGAAGAAUCCCACUUUGGGCGGGACCUGCUUGAAUGUGGGCUGCAUUCCGUCCAAGGCUCUGCUCAACAAUUCCCACUAUUAUCACAUGGCCAAAACCGGCGACAUGGCCAAACGCGGCGUUGACUUCACGGACGUGCAGAUCAAUUUGGGCAACCUCAUGAAGGCCAAGAAUGAUGCCGUCAAAGGACUCACCGGAGGCAUCGCCAUGCUCUUCAAGGCUAAUAAGGUGGAUCAUGCCAACGGUCACGGUAAGAUCACGGGUCCCAAUGAGGUGUCCGUGCUCAAGGAAGACGGAUCCGUCGGUCGGGUCAUCAAGGCCAAGAAUAUCAUGAUUGCUACUGGAUCCGAAGUCACACCUUUCCCCGGUAUCGAAUUCGACGAGGAACGUAUCGUAUCCUCAACGGGUGCCCUGAGCCUCAAGGAGAUUCCAGAGAAGAUGAUCUUGAUCGGGGCUGGUGUGAUUGGUGUCGAAUUGGGUUCGGUUUGGUGUCGUUUGGGCAGCGAAGUUACUGCCGUCGAGUUUUUGAGCCAUGUGGGUGGCAUGGGGAUUGAUGGGGAGAUGUCCAAACAGUUCCAGAGGACCAUGGCCAAGCAAGGCAUCAAAUUCAAGUUGAACACCAAGGUCACCGGGGCUAAGCGCGAAGGCGACAAAAUCAAGGUCAGCGUCGAAGGAGCCAAGGAUGGAAAAGCCGAUGAGUUGGAGGCCGAUGUCCUCUUGGUAAGUGUGGGCCGACGACCCUACACAGAAAAUCUUGGUUUGGAACAGUUGGGUAUUGAGAAGGACGACAAGGGUCGCAUUCCCGUCAACUCUCGCUUCCAAUCGGUGAUUCCCAACAUCUACGCCAUCGGUGAUUGCAUUCACGGGCCCAUGUUGGCCCAUAAAGCAGAGGAUGAGGCCAUUCUCGCUUGUGAGGGCAUGUUGGGCGGACCCGUUCACAUUGAUUACAACUGUGUGCCCAGCGUCAUCUACACGCAUCCAGAGGUCGCGUGGGUUGGCAAGAACGAGGAAGACUUGAAGGCCGAAGGUAUCGAUUAUGUGGUGGGCAAGUUCCCAUUUGCCGCCAACAGCCGCGCCAAGACAAAUAACGAGACCGACGGGAUGGUCAAGGUUUUGGCCGAUAAGAAGACCGACCGAAUCCUCGGGACCCACAUUAUGGGACCGGCUGCCGGUGAACUCAUCAAUGAAGCUGCUUUGGCCAUGGAAUAUGGAGCUAGUUGUGAGGAUGUGGCUCGUGUAUGCCAUGCGCAUCCUACCGUUUCGGAAGCUCUGCGCGAAGCCAACUUGGCGGCUUGGUCCGGAAAGGCCAUCAAUUCCAUUUAAGUCACAUGAACAUAUAUAGGAACACAGACAUUCUAAACCUACCGCAAUGACGAAUUAUUCAUGCCAUCUUCGCUAUGUCUUGCUUUUGAAAUAAAUAAAAAAAAUUAUCGUC